AUGUUCAACUUCAGUGGCCACCUUUUGGCGGGGCAACAUGACACGCAAAAAGAUCGGCCUCCUCCAUCGAAACCAAUACCUGUGACUUUCCCGGUGCUCGAUCCACCCGAGCCGUCGAUAGGAACCCCGCCAGCCUCCUGGAGUAGAGCGAAUGGGACAGGGAUUACCCAACAUUUCCUGGGCUUGAAGAAGCCAUCCGACGUCACUAAGAAUACUCUGGCGCAGCUGAACGUCACAUUCCAAUCCAAUCGCGACUUCGAAACACUAUUGUCAUCGCUGUCAAACGAUGCACUAUCGCACAUACCCCCCGCUUCGUGGUUAGAUGCACCAGACAAGCAAGAGCUUCCAGCCUCGGAACCUACCGUCACCCUCCUCAGCAACGGCAGAAGGGUACCGGAUCGCAAAGAGUUCUUUGUCCGUGCCCGAGAACUAUUCUUCAAAAAUGAAGAUGCGUUCUCAACGCUCACGCGAAAGAGUAACGGGAGUCAGGCACCGCUGCGACUUGCACAUUUUCGCAAGUUUUGGGAAGGGCUUGACAACAUGGCGUAUUAUUGGGACAAUUCAAUAGACGACUAUCGCUCUCCAGAUCCAGCAGCUGUUGACACAAUUGCCGAAACAGUGUCUUCUCCCAACUCAACUGCAGGGGCUGGCGAGCAGGAAACACGAGCUGAAACAAAGACAGACUGGGUCGCAAAGAUGCAAAACAGUAUUGGUUCUCCAAACGGAAGCGAACCUCGAAAGAAAGCAAAGACUGAAGCGGUGAACGACCAAACAAUGGCUCAUUCCGUUCAUGUAAACGGAUUUGGGGGAUCGUUAGCCGCUCAAACAGCGUCGAUGAUCCCAAGCAGGGUACUACCCGCUAGAAUUGCGCCAUCCAGGUUUCCAAGUACAAUAAACAUGGAGCCUCGAGAGAAGCCGGCUGAUACGUCGAACGGCUCUUACCGAGGCUACCGAAUUGGUAAUGGCUCUGAGAUGCCCGAUCAGUAUCGUAUCGACUGUGUUCGAGCCUUCGUUGAGCCGAUUGCAUGGGCCUUCGGUGUCACGCUUUCCCAGCACCGUCGACCCCCAGUUUUGCUGUUGGAGCACGUGCGCUUCCCUGUACGUAUGAGCUCUGUAGCAUGGCGCGGACCACAGGAUAGGAUGAAGGCACGGCAAGGCUGGAUGGAAGGGCCUGUGCUAGGUAUUCAGUGUCGGCCAGAUGUGAACUUUGAAGCUUCGGGGAACAUAGAAGCACAAUCGAACCUGGAUGCUGUUCGUGAGCUUGGCGGGCUUCUACUAUUGGCCCAAGAGCGCGCAAGAGAGGGAAAAGUCGAGCAGCUCGCAGGAGAAGGUAAAUGGUGGACAACAAAACAACGCUGGGGAGGCGGUCCUGAAGGCGAGGUUGGAGACGCUGCUGCACCUGGCGACACAUCUAGCAAGACAGCUACAGCUACUCCACAACAAACCACUGUCCAGAGGAAUUUGGACGGCUCAAGAUCUCGGAAAAGGCUAACACCUGCACAAGUUUGGAAAAUUGUCAAACCCGGGAACUCUUUAUGGGAUCCGAAGGUGGUCUACGAAGCCAUUGGCAAAGACGAAGCCACUGAGUGGGACGAUGUCUUUCUGGUUUCGUCAUUGAACCACCACAUUAGCUUGUUGAAGCUCCACGUGCAUCCGGCCUACUUGGAAUACAUCACGUAUGGAAAAUAUCCCGACAGUCAGCCAUCAGAUCCCAAUUGGUGCUCACCUAAGCUUCAAAGGACGCGAUGGUUCGACUUGUUCAGCGUUGAAGACCGUACCGAAGCCAUGAGGGGCCUUUGGGGCAUCAUGUCUUAUCUACUGCGAGCCAAGGGUGGAGGCCAAGAAGACACUGUUAUGCGCGACUCACAGUGA